AUGCUGGUGUGUUUAGAUCUUCCAGCAUUGGGCUCGGCCUCGAUGGUUUGUCGUGGUUGGGCUGAGUCGUCAGAGGCUUGCUGGCGCCAGGUAUUUUCAUACCGAUGGCUAGGAUCUUUGUUUGAACUCCGGCAAGUGCAUGCUUCCUGGAGGGCUUCUUGCAGUUCACGUGCUCAAGCACGCCGUGUUGAUCUUCGCGUCGUUUCCAGUGUCUGGCACCUCAUUGGUACGGUGCGUGAUAGCAAAGGGGAAAUGGCAACCGAAGCAGAUUGCACUUUCUCCAGUGGCAGCCUUGCUAUGCAGGGACAGGCGGUGCACCGAAGACAGGAUUUGGGCGGCCAUCGCAUCAUCCUUCACGGUGCAUGGCAGGGAAAUCUUUGUGCAGACAUCGUGGCGCUUGGUGGUAAGCGCAAGUGGUGCUUGGCAUGGAAAGAAAAAAUUGCAGAGGUGCCUGGUGCAUAUCACUAUGCUGGUCAGCUAGACGAGCUGCCUGAUGGACGUGCAGUAUCUUUCUGA